CUAAGUAACACAGCUUUACAGAGUUAAACAAAUGCAACAUAAAAGAAUGCAACACAUCCUUGCAUCAUUAAACAAAUGUUCCACAGCAUAAACCAAUGUAACACAUCUUAAAAUAGUAUUCCACAGCACUCUGCAAUAGACCUGAGAAGCUAUCUGAUGGCCCUCUUAGCUUUUGGUUGAUGGAAGCCACUGGCCUUUUAGGUUAACUUAUUUCAAAGGGUUUUGCCUAUUACAAGGAUGUUUGGUCAGAGAUGGGUAAGAAAUGGCUAUAAAAGAGGCUGGAGGUCUUUGCGGACCAGGCCGUGCAGGAGGCGCCAUCAUGGGUGUUGACAUCUGCCACAACAAGGACCGAAAGUUUCGGCGCAAGGAGCCCAAGAGCCAGGACAUCUACCUGUGGCUGCUGGUCAAGUGGUACAGGUUUCUGGCCAGGCGAACCAACUCCACCUUCAAUCAGGUUGUGCUGAAAAGGUUAUUCAUGAGUUGCACCAACUGGCCACCUCUGUCUCUGUCCCUGUCCCAGAUGAUCCAAAAGAUGAAGCUUCCUGGCCGAGAAAACAAGAUGGCUGUGAUUGUGGGGACGGUCACAGAUGACGUGAGGAGUCUCGAUGUGCCCAAACUGAAGGUGUGUGCACUGCGGGUGAGCAGCCGGGCCCGAAGUCGCAUCCUCAAGGCUGGGGGUAAGAUCCUCACCUUUGACCAGCUGGCCUUGGAGUCUCCCAAGGGCCAUGGCACUGUGCUCCUGUCUGGACCUCAGAAGGGCCGAGAGAUGUACCGGCAUUUUGGCAAGGCCCCAGGAACCCCACACAGCCAUACCAAACCCUAUGUCCGCUCCAAGGGCCGGAAGUUUGAACGUGCCAGAGGCAGAAGGGCCAGCCGUGGCUACAAAAACUAACCCUGGAUCUUACUGUUAUUAAAAGAAGCUUUGGAUGUUAAAAAAAAAAAAAAAGGCUGGAGAUAGCCCACAAUAAAUUGAAAUUAGCCUCUG